UACGUUCGAUUACAACACAACAUCGAGGCACAUCGUAGAAUUUCUUUAACGAACGCACUUAGUCUCUCGAGUUCCAUUAGACAAUCUCUUCUAUCUCGCAAGAUGUUAGUUUCAUUCGUUAAAUAUUUGUCUUCGUUGUUAAACAAAAAUUUCACUUUCACGUUUUUACUUUUGUCUUUAUUUAUGAGAACCUGUGCCCUAAUCGAAGAUACAUAUAACGAAAACAGACCUUACGAAUUCUCUUUCAAUAUCGUCGAUUUUCAACAUAGAUAUGAAAAGAAAGACAUUGACGGGAUUAUUACUGGUGAAUACGGUUUUAUAACGGCAGAUGGAGUUUAUCACGAAACUGGAUAUGCCACUGAUAAGAACGGGGAUUUUAUUAUAACGAAAAUGAGAAAUCGAAAGAUCACAAGUCUGAAAGAUGCACGAGAGAUCUUCAAGGAUAAACCCGAAGCUGCGAAAAAGCUCUUCGAAGUUGUAACGAAAGCUUGCAGUGGGUGUAAAAUUCCGACUAAUAAAAGUACAGAAGUAAACCAUAACGAAAUUCUUCCGAAAGACGCUGAACCAUUGAUUGAGAACAAAAUUAUUAAACCGAUAUUAAAAGAAAUGAUGAAGAAUGAAAUUAUUCUCAAAAACAGUUCUCUUGAGAAAAUGGCUAAUGAUCUUUACUAUCGUUUCAAUUAUUCGAUAAGUUCGCACGGUCAUCAGGAGACUGGUUAUCGUAAUGGUGAUAAAAAUGGCAAUUAUCGAUCAUGGAGUGAAAGUGGUGUCGACACACGAGUGAAAUACGUAUCAAACAAAUUCGGUCAUCAACCGAAUAUCACUUUUCAUCCACAAUUGAAUGAAACAAAGAAAAAAGAUCAAUCGCUGAAAGGCUAUUCCUUUCUUUGGUAUUUUUCAUAAAUAUUAUAUUUUAUUUUUCUCAAUGCGAAUACAUAGAUGUAAGAAAUAGAGAUGUAAAAAAUAGAGAAAGAAAAUAAAAAAAUAAAAGAGGAAAUCUCCAUAAUUUUU